UCAUGGACAGGGAGUACAUGUGCGGCUGGUUGGGUCGCCCUGCUGAGCACUGCAGGAGGAAGGUGCAGGUGCAUGUUGGGCUGCCAGGGCCAGGCACGGACUCGCUCAGCAACGGCCUCCGCACCUGCUACAGGUACCUGGAGCAGACGGGCUGGAGCUUCGGUGCUGCUAUGCAGGCAAUGGACAGCGAGCUGCGCCACGCCGCUUGCAUCUACUUCCUGGUUCUCCGAGCCCUGGACACCAUAGAAGACGACAUGUCCAUCAGUUUGGAAACGAAGAUCCCAAUGUUGCGUGAGUUCCACACCUACCUGCAUCAACCAGGGUGGAGGUACACGGAGAGCAAAGCCAAGGACAAGCAAGUGCUGGAGGACUUCCCCACGAUCUCCUUGGAGUUCAGGAACCUGGCCAAGGUGUAUCAGGAUGUGAUCACUGAUACUUGUCACAAGAUGGGAGUGGGAAUGGCGGAGUUCUUGGAAAAGCGGGUCGACUCCCUGCAGGAUUUGGAGAAGUAUUGCCGCUGUGUUGCUGGACUCGGGGGGAUUGGUUUUUCCCGUCUCUACUCUGCAUCAGAGCUUGAAGACCCGAUCGUAGGACAGGACACAGAGCUUGCAAGCUCCAUGACUCUUUUCAUGCAGAAAACCAACAUCAUUCAUGAUUACCUGGAGGACCAGCUGGAGGGAAGGGAAUUCUGGCCUAGAGAGGUUUGGAGCAGGUAUGCUGAGAAGCUCUCGGAUCUUGCCAAACCAGAGAAUGCCACCAUGGCCGUCCGGUGUCUGAAUGAGAUGAUCACAGAUGCUCUCCAGCAUGUCCCCGAUGUCCUCAAGUACUUGUCCAGACUCAAAAACAAAGGUGUCUUCAACUACUGGGCUAGUCUACAGGUGAUAGCCAUUGCCACGCUGGCUGCUUGCUACAACAACAAAGACAUGUUUAGGGGCAUAGUGAAGAUGCAGAAGGAACAAGCUGUCACUCUGAUGAGGGAUGCCACCAACAUGCAGGCUGUCAAAGCUAUAAUGUCCCAGCAUUUGGAAGAGAUCUACCAGAAAAUCCCAAGCACAGACCCUUCUUCUAACAAGACCAAAGAGAUCAUCGCCUCUCUCCGGCCAAUGAUUUUGUCCUGAGGCACCAUGGUGUCCCAUAGCCAUUACUCCCCCAUCUACCUCUUGUGUGCCAUUGUUUUGGUAGUAAUGAGCUGGCAGUGUGGGGGCACAAUGUCAAAGGCUUUGGGAGUGCGUUCAGGCUGAUGAAAACCAAGAACUGGCACGAGGGAGAGUGCAGGUUGGCAGUUGAGCAAUGUUGGGGACUUUAUCCUGUUGUCCUGUUCCUCUUGCGGUGUGGUGCUGCAGGCUUUCUGGCAAGCAGAGACUGAUGCCUUGAAUGUAGGGUUGAGAAAAAUAUGGCCUGCAGGAUCUGCCCCACCAAGGGAUUUUGUCUGGCCUCUGGUGGGUCUUUCACUCCUGCAAACCCCAGGUGCAGGGGGCAGCCGAAGCUGUGGCGUGUAUGGCUGGUCUGCCUGUCCUUGGGUGUGCAGCUGGGCGACAUGAUGGCUGGACGUGCUUCCCCCCAGUGGCAGCUCCUUCUGGCUGCUGCUGUCACUGGACAUGGCUCUGAUGCCCAGGCACCCUGGUAUUGUGGCUCUUCCCCAGGUCCUGGCCCUGUAGUCACCACCCCAUGAUCCCGGGGUGUCCAUGGAGAGUGGCCUGGACCUGCAUGGGCAGGACUCAGGGCUGGGAAGAUGGGAUGGGGCCAAGGGCUGGUGGGGACCAGUGUCCAGGAGCAGGAUGGGCAGGCAGGGCCAGGAUCUUGGGGCGGUGACAGCGCGGGGCUGGGGCCACAGUCUGCUUCCCGCUCAUCCCUGCAACUGGUGACAGUCUCACGGGCAGGGGCAUGCGGGGUGUGGAUCGCGGCCCCAACCCCACACUGUCACUUUCCUAAGAUCCUGGUGCUGGGCACCCUCCCAUCCCACUCCCGGACUCAGCUCCAUCCCUGCCCGUGGCACCAUCCCAUCUGCCUGGUUGCACAGGUCCUGGCCAGUCUCUGGAGACCCUGAGAUCUCAAGGCCAUGACGGCACAGGGCCAGGGCCCCAACCAGAGCCACAAGCUGCUGCCCGCACACCCCUGCCCAUGGAGCCAGCACCUGCUGCAGGGACAUGCAGGCACCAUAUUGCCGUUGUGCCCUGGGGCCUGGCUCCACGCUGUCUCCACCCCAUGAUCCCAGUCCUGCCUGUCCAUCCCACUCCCGGAUACUGUUCCCAGCCUGCCCACAGCCCCAUCCCAGGCAUCUGGCUGAGCAUACACGAGAGACACUUAGGGAGUUUUUUGAGCUGUUGCAGGUGGAUGGGGCGUGCUGACCUGGCCUGCGACAGCUCACCAAAACUCCCUAAGUGGCCCUCCAGCCCAAAUAAUUGCCCAUCCCUGCUCUAACAGAUCAGGACAUAUGGAGAUGUCCCUUGGCCCUGAACUUUUGUACAUAACUGCCAUUUACUGGGUCGGGGCAUAGGUCCGUCUUGCCCUGGGAGAGUAAACUGGGUAUGACCAGUCCUAGCCACGCUUGCAGCCUGCAGCAUUUCAGGUCUAGGAAGUUUCAACUCAGAGGCCGAGCCCCUGUCUCCCACGCUCAAUAGCUGCCGAUACGCCUUUCCUCCAUGUUAGCUGUAACCAUUUCAUUUUAAGGGGAGGUGAUUGAAAUACUCCUGGCUUUGUUUUUGCUGGUGUUUGCCCAAAAAUGCCAAUAGAGACCAGCGACGUGUACUGUCAACAAAAAGGAUGUCCAUUUUGUAUAGGACCUGGAAACAUUGUACAGGGAAGAUGAGCUUGUCCAGUGACCUCAGCGGGAGUGUCUACAUGUGCAUUUAAUGUGCAUGAAUAAACUCUGGGGCUAUUGCUCUGGAGUUUAUUCAUAUGCAGCCCAUGGAGCCU